CUGCAUUCAACAAGGUGGCGUGGCACUCUGGUCCUUCUGGUGCUGUGUCUGUUUCGUUACAGAACCGGUCCAUCGGAAUCAGAGUGGCGGUUAAAUGAUGUGAACCAAGUGCUAUCGGAGUGUCACGGCGAGUCGUGCCAUUAGCGCGCAGCAAAAAACCAAGCCUAUUGCAGCCGGAUUCACGGGACGGAUGUGCACCGGAUGUAGUUAGGUGCAUCAACUGGUGCAUCAACGGCCGCCCCGGUGCAUCGACAUCAAACAGAAAAUGUACCACAAAUCACCCUUCCUGAUGGUGGGCUCUCCGAUUCUCGGGACUGGCACCGGCGGUACGGCGGCCGGUGGCACGUCGUCGGGUGGCAGUGAAAAGCAACGGUUGCGGAAAAUGAGCUCACUGCUACUUCCGGUAAAGCUCAGCAAACGGCGGUGCUAUUUGUGUCUGAAGAUUGCCGUCCUCGUGGUAGUGUUCGGUCUGUACUUUAUGCUGCUACUACGGGAAUCGAUGAGCGCCUUGACCGCUUCCUCGUCGUCCUCAUCGGCCUCCUCCGCGUCGGGAUCCUCUCCGUUCGCGUCGUCAUCGGCCGUGCCAUCGUUUGCCGCCGUCCUCUCGCAGCGAACCAUCGGUGGCAGGCAGGAAACAAUGAUGAGUAAACGGAACGAGAGGGCGAAACACAACAGUGUGGUGGGCGCCGAGAGCCGUCGGUUUGCCAAAGCGGGCAGCAGUAAACAGCAGCGUCAGUUCCCACCGUCGUUGCAACAGGACGUGAAGGAAGGAACGCACGGCCAUGGACAUUCGGCACCGGCCGGUGGCAACCAGUCCACGCUGAACCCGGUCUACGAGUACUCGGACGAGAUGAACGCGGCCGCCGAGACGGACUUUAACGAGCGGCGCAUGGUGCUGUGGAACGUGUGUGCCGAGCAUCGGAUCAUCGGCAAGUACCCACCGAACGCGUGGGAAUUCUUCAUCUCGCCCGGCCACGGUAUCGCGUGGUGUAACAUUUUCAAAGCGGCCAGCAGCACCUGGAUGUACUACUUCAACAUACUCGGUGGUUACAGUGUGCAGUACCUACAGCGCACCAAGGCUUCGCCCAUCGAUCUGGCCCGGAAGCGUUUUCCGCGGCCCACCACCAACGAGCUGAAUGAUUACAUCUCCAACACGAUAUCGUUCCUGAUCGUGCGGGAACCGUUCGAGCGGUUGCUUUCGGCGUAUCGUAACAAGCUGGAAGGAUGCCGAAACAAGUACUACAAGCUGCUCGGGGAGCAGAUUGUGAAAAAGUUCCGGAAAGCAAACCCACUCAAGGGCUCACAGAAAACACCACACGGUCCCACGUUCCGGGAGUUUCUCGAGUUUCUCGUGAGCCACUAUCGGUCGGGUGGCCGCUUCGACGAGCACUGGAGCCCGGUGUACUCGUUCUGUACACCGUGCAGCAUCAACUUCACGCUGAUUGCCAAAAUGGAGACCUUUCAGCGUGACAGCGAGUACAUCAUCCGGCAGGCCGGUCUCGAAACGCUGCUACUCAACAAGAUGCCCCGCUACAAGGCUCGCUGGAUAACGAAUCGUUCCACGAGCGACACCCGGAACUUGAUUCCCAGAUACUUUGCCCAAAUCGACGAAAAGCUACUGACGGACGUGCUGGAGAUCUACCAGCUGGACUUUGAACUGUUUGGCUACAACAGCACCAAGUACUACAGCUACGUUCAGUCGCCCGAUUACGGAUAGCAGCUUCUAGGGCCGCGCACCGAAAGCAUAAACAAAGACUAAAAAGACAGACAGUGAAUGUAGAUCGUAUCGGCAGUGUCAUAGCUCCGGGCCAAUCCGUGUAUGCGCACCGAUAGUUCAUAGAAAGUUAUUUUGCGCACCAUUUGUGCACCACAGAGUGGU